CUGUGAAAAAAAUGUAAUGUAGUUCGGUUCUCUUUGUGGAAGAGAGCAAGCCAUGCCCUCUCCUAUCCCACUGACUCGUCUGUUGCCCAAGGAAUUUUACCCGUCUCUUGAUUUCGGAGUUUGCAGCAGUCCGUUAGCAAAAUACACUAAUGAUUCAACUUUACACGUGCCAUCUCAAUACUUUCACGGCAGAGUUGCACGCAAAAUCUGGUCGUCUGUCAUCAAUUGGAAAGAACUACGGUCUCUCCAGGUCAUUGGAUCUGGCGGAUUUGGAUCAGUUUACAAAGGGCUUUACUUCGGCGAGACUGUUGCAAUCAAAAAGGUGAAGAAGUACUCAAAAAACAAGCUCGCCUCGAGGCAAAGCUUCUGGUCAGAGCUUAACGCAGCUCAUCUUCAACACAAAAACAUUAUUAGAAUUAUAGCUGCUACAACUUGUAUGCCUGAAAAUUCGGACAAUGAUGACAAUAUUGGAACCAUAUUGAUGGAGUAUGCAGGAUGUUUAAAUUUACAGUAUUUAAUCUAUGGUACCACUAGCACAUUGGGGAAGGACAAGUGUUUGAAAUAUUCAAAAGACAUUGUAAACGGGCUAUUUUUUCUGCAUUCACAUGUAAUUGUACAUCUAGAUCUAAAACCAGCGAAUAUCCUUGUCACCGACGGUGAUACCUGCAAAAUCGCAGACUUUGGAAGUUCGCAGAAAUUGGAAUUUGACCGAGAUUCGUCCGCUAUAAUCCCGCGUAUGUCUCACGUGGGGGGUACGUAUACACACAGAGCACCUGAACUCCUGAAAGGGGAAGACGUUACCUUGAUGGCAGACAUUUACUCGUUUGGAAUUACCUUUUGGCAACUGAUUACAGGAGAGCAGCCGUACGCAGGAGAUCGCCAGCCGGUAUUGUACGCCGUUGUUGCAUAUAAUUUGCGCCCAUCUGUCACAAGUGUGUUUUUCCUGAAGACAGCAUGGGGUCAAACCUGCAAGUCGGUUCUCGAAAAAUGUUGGAACGGCGACCCAACUCAAAGACCCAGCUCCAGAGACCUUAUUAAAGAAAUUGAAAUUAUGCAGUGUUCUGGACAAACUUGAAAGUAGGCCUACUGGCAAACGGGUCGAACUACAAUCGUGAACGCCUUUGGUUAGCCUAUAUUUAAUUUCUUAUUUUACGUGUCGGCUACAUUGUUGUAAAUAGGCUUGGAAAUAUAUAGGUCGGAGUAGGCUACAAUGUUUUUUAUAUGGUGUACGUCCAUUUGUAGACUUAUGUUUCAUACGGGAUGCCUUCACAGUAAAAUGAGUGUUAAUUCAACUCUACCAGAUUACAUUUGGUCCCAGUUGCUAUCUGUUGGUUGAAUUAACACUCGACAUUUUACUGUGUUGUAUUUUAAUUGUCUUAUUUACAUUUACAACAUUUUUAAAUCAAAAGAAUCAAUCCUGCACCUGAGGUGGAUGAACGUAAUCCAUGAGAGGACGAGUAGGCUACGUUAUUACCUUACUCGGGAUCAUAAACCCGGAUUGGUGUAGCCUAGUUAUUUUUCUGAAGUAAAUAGAAGCGGGUAAUUUGUAGUUCGUAUGAGUUGAAUGGUGUAACCAUGAUUAUGCUAAAAAUAUAAAGAAAAUAUGGUUUAUUGACGUAGGUAAUGGACAAUUUCUUAGCCUUGUUGGCUUGCAAUUUUAUGUGUUUAGCCAUACAUAGGCCUAUCUUAGGUAGCCUCUUGUGCCUUUUAAAAAUGUUGUACUAUACUCAACUUCUUAAAAACAAGGUGUCAUUCUUUUGUUUUACUUUAACCAUGUCUUAAUUUAACGUAAAUAUGUAGGCUAUAAAUGGAUUAGAUCAUUUUUUAUGUUUAAUGCUGUUGUCUUUGAAAUGGCAAUACUUAUUUUUACAUGUAUAAAAUUUCAUUAAAAUGUAUUUGGCA